ACCAGGUCAAGGAAGUGCAGCAGAAAAACUAUUCGCCAAUUUUUUUGUUAUUUUUUAUGAAAUGCAAUUAUGUGUAUUGUUUCUUUAUUAUUUAGUUGAAAUGAGAGUGAGAUAAUGUAGCGCAUUCACCGUAAUGAUUGGAGGCAGUGCGAGUGGUUGUAACAGGACAGAAGAAAACUAGGUGGUGUGACAGCUAAAGAAUACCGCAUAGAAGAUUUUAGCUCAAAAAUGGAUACAGCUUUGCAGAUAAUUAAAUAUUUAUAGAUGCCGUUGGUGAUAUCCAAUUGUGUGAUAAAUUAUAGACGAAAGUUCCCGUGACCUUUUACACUUUAAAUACUGGUCCAACAGUUGUUCAAAUAAACACUAUGGAUGGAAGUUUUAUAAUUCCUGAAAAAACAAACCAAAGUUCAGAAAUACAGAUAACAAAAAACACUAUUUAGAUACAACUUCCUUUGAAGGGAUCAAUUUAAUCAUAGUUUUAUUUAUAAACAUAUUCCAAUUCCUUUUUAAUUGAAUAAAAUUAUUGUAUUGAGAAGACGAUUCAGGUUGUGAUUUCUUAAUAAAAUACACAACUGAUGCAGUUAAGGGAAAUUAAAACAAUAAAAAACAGUAGCAAGCAUAUCAUCUUUGUAGCUAGACAGGCUGUAUGUUGUGUCUGUUGCCAAAAAAUUGCCGCCAAAAAUGGAUUCUAAAUUCGAAUCUUAGAUUUUUCAAUUACAACCUACAAUGGUUACUUAAUGUUAUAUUAAUAAAAAACAAGACAAUAUGGUGUUUAUUUGACUGAAUCGCAAUAAGGGUGGGAUUGGGCGUAAAGCCCUAAGGCCGUGGUGACACUUGGCAGUGAUGAAGAAGCAAAAUGUUCGCACUCUAUCAUUGAUUGUGUGCACAUUUACAUAUUUACUGGUUGGUGCCGCUGUGUUUGACGCUUUAGAGUCAACUACUGAGAGGAACAGAUUUGAAGUACUGCAAGCUAUCGAGGGCAUGAUCAUAAGGAAGUACAAUAUAACUGAAGAGGACUUCCGAGUGAUGGAGACAGUUGUGCUCAAGUCGGAGCCCCACAAGGCUGGCCAACAGUGGAAGUUCACUGGCGCCUUCUACUAUGCCACCACUGUACUUACUACUAUUGGCUACGGGCACUCGACGCCGGCGACGAUCGGCGGCAAACUGUUCACUAUGUUCUACGCCAUUGUAGGCAUUCCUCUCGGCCUCAUCAUGUUCCAGAGCAUCGGUGAAAGAGUCAAUAGACUCAGUAGCGUAAUAAUAAAGUCAAUAAAACGCGCGAUGAACUGCAAGCAGACGAGCGCGUCUGAGGUGGACCUCAUAUGCGUGGUGACCACAUUAUCCUCGCUGACCAUAGCCGGGGGGGCGGCUGCCUUCUCCAAGUUCGAGGGCUGGAGCUACUUCGAUAGCGUGUACUAUUGUUUUAUCACGUUGACUACUAUAGGUUUCGGAGACAUGGUGGCCCUACAAAAAGACAACGCACUGAACCGCAAGCCUUCAUACGUGAUGUUUGCCCUAAUUUUCAUCCUAUUCGGGCUAGCCAUAGUGGCUGCGUGUCUCAACUUGUUAGUGCUGCGGUUCGUUACCAUGAACACUGAAGACGAGAAGAGAGAUCAGGCUCAGGCUGAACAGGCGCAGCAAGUAGCAGUCCGGCUGGAGGGUGACGUGAUAACCGCGGACGGCGCCGUGCUGCGCGGCGUGUCGCGCGGCACCCGUCUGCCCGCUGACCCCAGGCAGAUCACUGCAGGAGACACGUCGCUGAUUCCUCUGUAUGUAGACGAGGAGUACCCGCCCAGUGUGUGCAGCUGUUCUUGUAACUGCUUCGGACCAAACAAAUCAAUACCAUACCGCGACCCACUAUCACCGGUACCAUCAACCAACAUCAAACAAAUCAAGUCAAAGGCAAACUACCGCGAACUCGGUAGCAUACCUCGCUACAUAGAGAAAUCCUCAGCCAAGAACCGAUCACAGUCUCUACGCCUCAACUCUGCCUCAGGGUACCUCUACAUGAACGCUAAGACAAACGACUUCCAACUAGACCCUGAAGACUUCAGAGAAAUGGUCGCCAAACGACGCGAACAACUGCGCAGAGGCAUGAUGAUGUACGAAAUGCGAUGUAACAACAACGAACAGUAUCUACACCCUUACAGGCACAGUCUUAGCACCCGACUCGAGACCAGUCCUCACAGCUCCUCACUCUACUCCAUGAACAUGAGGUCGGAGAACCGCAGCAACGACCCCCUCGUCGACGACUACGACUCGGAGAAAUCCAGCUACGCGAAAAAGAAACUCAUGAAAAAUAUAGCGAGAAACACCAGUAAUAAACGCGUUGAAAACUAUUUCUACGAUGACGCGGUGCUACAUUUUGAUGAUGAGUACGCGUUCGAUGGGUCGAUACUCUUUGCUAAGAGGAGAAAAUCUAUAGAGAGAAAGUGGGAGGACUAUAACUGUGAGAUGCCGAAGAGCCACGCGGCCGACCAGGUGUCGAACGACGGCAGCUACGGGUACUACCUGCCGGACGAGGACGAGCAGGAGCAGUACUUCGUGAACGACACGCUGACGUUCCAGCUGCCGCCGCACCGCGCCAGCAUCUAGUGACGUGUUGUGAAGUGCCAAGACUUGUGCCAACGUAGGUUAGUGCUAGUCUACUAAAUAAAUGGGCCAAUUAAGUAAAUAAACGAUAAAUUAAUAGUAAUUUUACAAUUUUCGCGGUAGCAUCCGAGUUUGAAAGUUUUAGCUUUUACACAUAGUUUAUAGUUGUCGCGAUUUUUAUUGUAAUUCUAUGAUAUGAGCUUGGCUUCCUUGUAGAUAUUGUAAUAUAGUGUUUUUAAGGCUUGUCGGGCGAGCGCUUGAGCGUUUUAUUUUGCACUACGUCGGGGAAUCGAGGAUUUUGAAAUAAUAAAAUGCCCCAUAUUUAGGCUAGGUCAUUUUAAGAUUGAAUAAAAAUUAUAGAAGUGUAGGUAUCUCUCAAGUUGCAUUCCUAAGUCAUUUAGAUAAAAAUAAGACUGCAAUAGAGAUGAAUGUAGGUACUUCGGUGACCAAUCAAUCAUACAAUUUAAUAGAGUAUGAUUAGAUACUAGUGAUUUUGGCUGUAUGAAUAUUUGGCUAAUUUCACACCUGCUAUAUAGCAAGAAUUAUCAAGUCAAACCCGACUACAAUCUAGUAUACCUUUGAGGUCACAUAUUUAAGGACUAUCUUUUAAAUAAAGACCAACCAAAAAAUACCUCAUUUCAAGAAAUCACUUGAAUAUUUUAGCGCAGAUUACUGUCAACCUUUCAUUGUAGUCGGGAAUAAAAAAUACUAUGUAAUUUGAAUAUUCUAGGAGAAUGCAUAUCGAUUUUUAACCGACGUAGUGCAAGCGAAAUUCAGUUUUUUAUUUCUAUUCGGAGUGAAUUAGGAAGUAGAUACUGUUGCGAGACACAAUACAAUGAAAAUUAUCGAGCUUAUUGAUACAAAAAAACUGGCUAAAACCGAUUGUUAAUGUACAAUCAGUAACAAAAUUCUGUUAACACAAUAGGAAAUACAAAAUACCUACCUCAAAAGCUGUGUUCAACAGGUUUGGAAUUCUCAAUUAUCCAGGUUAUUUUUUUCUGUAGUUUUGACAGUUAGUUAUUUGUUGGUGUUCAGGUAUUCUGUAACGUUUAUUGUAUUAAACAACUUUUGCUACUGACUGUACUAGUUGUGAGAACAAUAAUCUUUGCCUGGAUAGUAAGUAUCCGAAUAUUAUAACGUCACUAUGUCUUUCUGUAUCACUCUAUUACUUUUAAAUGUACAGUAAUGACUGAAGUAUUUUUAAAUAAUGAUUACAAGUGGCGUUUCAGUAUUUGAGAUUUGUUUCAUCUUGAAUGCAAAAGGCUAAUAUUCUGUACAAAUGAAAUAAGGACUGCUGGAAUUGGUAGAAAAUUAAAUUGUUUUUUUCUUCAAUCAAAAAAUGGGUACUCACACGAAUUAGCCUAGCCUUUUCCCACCAAUGUUUGGGUCGGCUUCCAGUCUAACCCUACGAACUAUCUCUUUCCCUGAUCAAAACUCAGCAAGUCUAAAAUAUUAUUUGAAAAAAAAAAUUAAUGCAGUUGCUUGCAAGAUGGAACAUACAUAUUACGUAUAUCAAGGCAUUGAUACUUGUAAAAAACUCAGUGAAUACUUCAAAAACUGAACUCAAGUCUAAAAAUACAGAACCCUAUGUUAUGAAAUAUUAUGAAAGAAUCGCAACAAUUUUUGUAUUAUAUGUAUAUGCUAGACAUUCGUUUCAAAAAAUUGUUUUCGGCCAUUUUCCUUAAAUAUAUUAAUGUUGAGACAUUUCAAAUUCGAAAAGCGUAAAAAUAUUUAAUUAUAUAAUAUAUAUUCCAAGAAUUUACUAUGAUGAUAAAGUAGCUUUGAGCAAUGUUUUUGUUACAAAACUAUGGUUGAUGAACCUUUUCUAAAAAAACAGAAUUGUACAGUAAAACUGGUCUAUAAAUGCCAAAUUACUAUAAAAUUCAUUAAUUUUAAGAAUCAAUGAUUUUAGUUGAUACUUUAUAUCUCAAAGAUUUGUUACAAAAUUAAUUAGACCUCUAUAAAUGGAGACAAAAAUGUUGAUUUGGAAAAUCUUUUCUAAAAUACUUGUACAGACCUAGAUUGUUAUUGUAUAACGAAAAUUGAAGUUAUUAUAUUUGCAUUGCAACGGUUUAGUUCAAAACGAUUACGUUUAACGUCAUUAGAUCUACUUUAUAUUAUAAAGAAUAAUAAUAAUUUAUUCUGAAAAUAAUUACAUGAUGUGUAAGACCUGUAAAUCUAUCAAAAUUCUGUAAAUUUUCAUUUACAAAACACUAUGCUGUUGUGUUGUAAAACUAAUUAAUAAUAUCGUACUGACUAUGAAGUGAGUUAACUGUAUAAUACAAAUAUCUAGUCAAAAACGUGAGAAUUACCAUUAAGAAAUGUGUAGUUAAAAUAAUAGUGAUAUUGUGAUUAUUUUAUAUUUUUACAGCGACAUCCAAAAACUGUAUGUACAUGGGAUAUGAGAGUUUUCUCCUAACUGAUUUUUAAAUUUAUUUAUAAGACUUACUCUUAGCUGCCAAAAUCCUUUUUUGUUAUAUUAUUUUUAACUAGUAUUAGUAAAUCAGUAUUAUUAUUUGCUGUGAUAAUUUUACCUAUAGUACUAUACUUAAUUAAGUUUUAUUAGGUUUAUAAAACUCUUCAAAAUGCCAAAACAUCUUCAAAAGAUCUAAGAUAAAUUAAUUUAUAGCAUUCCCAAAGAAAAAAAAAUCGUUGAUGUCGUUUCAAACGAUUGUUUUACAUUUUAUGUAUUAGAGUUAAACGACGAAAUAUGUAUUAAAUGACAGUAAAUCACUGAUUAAAUAUAUGUAUGUCUGUAUAGUAAAUAAUUAUAUCGACUUUGUUUAGGAUUUAAGUAAAAAUGAUCUAUGAAAUCUACUAAACAUGACUGCAUUAAAUAUUUAUGCCAAACGUACUCGAAACAAGACACUGAUAAAAAAUAAUUAAAAUAAAUGUACUAUUUCAUUUUACAUUCGCUUCGGCAAUUUUUAUAUUGAUAUUUAUUGCUCAAUCUGGACUUAUCAUUUGCUAUUUACCUAUUCAAAAAUAUUGUAUCCAACUAUUAUUCUUUAUAUUCCAAUGAAAUAAUACUGAAAUAUUAUCAGAAAAAUACCCACAUGAUUAACACAAAGCAAUAGAAAUGAAGAAAAUGAAUCGUUUAGUAGUUAAUUUUGCACAAUAAAUUAGGUUAAGCUAAAAUCAGACUCGUCAACUUAUUAUGAACGUACUGGUACAAAAUUGUCUACUAAACCUACCAUCCAACUUAUUUCGGGGUUAGUGUUUCAUACAUACUUACCUAAGUUACUGAAGAGACCCUUCGCAUACGCUUGACUGACUGUAUAAAGUGUCUUGAAGACAAUUUACUAUUUGUUCUUUUUAUAAUCAAAAAUCAUUUUUGAUUUCGUAAAAAUAUUUUUCAAAGUAUCAAGAUCAAUUUCAAUUGAUAUGGCAUGAUUAGGAUGCGCUAUUUAAAUGCUAUAAAAAACUAUCGGUUUUAUACGUAGUCGAUUUGCGAAUUUUUUGCUAAGUUCGGAGGGACAAUUCUCUGUUAAAGCUCUUUAAGUAAGGUAUCAAAUCGUAAUUCAUACAUUUUUGUUUCAAAAUCAAUAGCCUACAGACAGACCUACCGAGCCAGUUGUGUAGUUGGAUAAAUUAGAAACUUUUGACAGACGUUUAGUUAAUUACUAUGCUAUAGGUACCUACAUUGAUUUUUUUUUUUCAAAACUGCUCACUGAAAAUGCUUUCUGCGUUUAUCUUCCACAUAACGUCGUAAUUGACCAAAUACGUCUCACAGUCGUCACAGACAAAAGAUGUCCGAGAUGUGAAUGCCAUAAAAAAUAGUAAUUGGGAAUUAGUAUGAGGUUUUUAACUAUCAAUUAAGUGUAUGAUAAUUAAUCAAUUCAAAUGUAACCGUGUUUCGCCAUAAAAAGUAACAGAUUAGCAAAUAAACCCUUAUAAAAAUCGGAGGAGUAUUGUCAAAGCCAUCAGUACUGAUCUCAUCCUCACAACUUGCUUGGUGGGUCUAUAUCCAGGUAUUGAUUUCAAAGCAUCAUGGUCUUAUUUGAUAAAUUACAUUGAAAAUGCAGAAUACAUACCUAUUUGAGAACUCGACUACCAAAGAAAAGAGAAAUUGUCCCUCAAAAUGAAACUAUAUUUUGCUAAGAUCAUUCUAGUCUAAUUAUUAUAAGCAUGAACUGACACAGUGUCUUCGUGUAGUAUGGUUGCCAAAAUUGUGUAUCAACUUCAAUGUUUCCAGUGCGGUUGACUGUAAACUAAUAUAAACUAAUGUAUUAUAAAAACUGUUAAUUGGAAUAUGUGAGUUCUAGUUAUUAUGCGGUCUGAACUAAUUGUAAUUUUAAAAGUGAAAAUGUAACAUAAAUCGGAUUUCAAUAAAAAAUACAUACAAAUGGU